AUAAAUAAAUUCAAAUAAUUGGGGUGAGAAAACGAUAAGGAAAGAUGGCAAUGAGAGAGGAGAGAGAAGCAGGAGAAGAGAAUAUGAUUUAUUCUCCAAAUCCCUUCCUACAAAUUCAGCAACAAAUGGAAUCCAUCUUCUCAUUCCAAACACUUCCAAUCACUACUCUGCAACAUUUAUUCUCUCUCCUAAAUUCUCAUCUUAGUCUCCCUCUUCAGGAUCAUCUUAACGAUCGUUUACUUUCUCGUCUCUCUCUCUAAAUCUGAACUUUUUGAGGAAUAUGUUUGGAGGAGGAGAUAACGGCAAUCCUGUAUUUCCAGUUCUCUUGGAGGAGAACCGCUUCCGGUAUGAUGCUAAUAAACUGCCUCAGCUGCAGUUAUUUGGAGAAUUUGGUGGUAAUGUUAAUCCCUUAAACUACAUUGGCAAUGAGCAUGCAACCACUACAAAUCUCCUCAAAAGAGGCCGGGAGCCAGAACCUCUUUCUAGGCGGCAAAAAGUUCAGAUAUCUUUUAAUAAUAAAUUUUAUAAAGAUGAAGCUGCUCACACUGGAAGCAUUUUGAAUUCAAAUCCUGUAUCAACUGGGCUGAAGCUUUCGUAUGAGGAAGAUGAACGCAACUCUACUGUUACUUCUACUGAUGAAAGCAUGAAAGGCGUCCUCCCUGGCACUCUUUCCCACGGCAACAUUCUCAAAAUUGAGAUUGAUCAGCAGAAAGAAGAUUUUGACCACUAUAUCAGAGUGCAGGAGGAAAACAUCAUGAAGGGUUUAAGGGAGUUAAAGCAGAGACAUUCAGAUUCUUUCUUGAAUGCCUUGGAAAAAGGAAUUGGCAUGAAAUUACACGAGAAAGAUGUUGAAAUAGAGAACAUAAACCGCAAGAACAAGGAACUAGGGGAGAGACUCAAGCAGGUAGCCGUGGAAGCACAGUCUUGGCAGCACAGAGCAGCAUGUAACGAGUCAGUAGUUAAUGUCCUCAAGAGCAAUCUCCGGCAGGUCAUUGCACAAAGUGCGGUGCAAGAGAGGGAAGGCUGUGGUGACAGCGAGGUUGAUGAUGCAGCCUCUUACGUUAACUCCGAUCAUCAGGGCAUGGCGGGCGGUUCUGGAAAUCCAUUUUUCACGAAGAAGCAGUUGAAUUGCAGAGCUUGCAAGCGUAAAGAAGUCUGUGUCUUGUUAUUGCCUUGUAGACACUUGUGUUUGUGCACAGAUUGUGAAGGGCUUAUUGAUAUUUGCCCUAUCUGCCAUGUAAUGAAGACUACAAGUGUACAAAUAUAUAUGCCAUGAGAGGCAUAAAUCCUCAUUACCUCUCUGUAGAGGAAUAAGUUAAAAUGUGAUCAUAAUCACUGGAAUUAUGAAUUUUGCAAAGAAUAAUUAUUAAGUUAAUGAAAUGUUGUUAAAAUGAUCUUCUUUUUACCCAUGUAUGUGUGUUGUCGUGGAGAGAAUUAUCAUGUAUCACAACUGAAUUGUAUUGA